AUGCUGUGUCCUCCUUGUGGCCCAUUUUCGAGCAUCCGGAACCUCACGAACUACAAGCGAGACCCGGACAUCGUUCAGGCGGAAACCGAGGAAGGUCGCAAGCAUCUGCGCUUCGCAAUGAGCCUUGCCACGAUGCAGCUCAAGGAGGGUCGAGGCUUCAUCUUUGAACAUCCCCAGGGAGCUGCCAGCUGGCAUUCUCCAGAGGUGCAGCCAAUACUACAGCAUCCACAGGUACUUCGUGUCGUCCUGGACAUGUGUGCCUUCGGUUUACACGCUCCUGAUGGAACGUUGCACCGGAAGCCGACAGUCAUCCUCACGAACGUGCCGGAGAUUGCCGAAGCACUUUCCAAAAGGUGCACCCAGGAUCAUCCACACAUGCCCCUGAUGGGCGGACAGCUUCCUGCAGAUGCAGCCAAGUACACGCCGAACUUCGUGGAUGCAAUUCUCAAGGGCUUGAGACGUCAUUUAAAACGUCAACAUUAUCCAGUUUUCCAUAUUCCCGAUCAGUGGGAAUGGCGAGGGCACGAUCUAGUGUGCCGACAUUUUGCGCCGCGGCAACACAUGGUGACGCCGCAUGACUGCGAGGCUUUCGACCUCACCACUGUGAAGUUUACUGGUAGGCGCACCACAUCGAAAGAGUUCGUGGGUGGCGCCACCACCACGACUGUCCAGGAUACCUGGACCAGUCAUCGCGCGGCCAUGCCAGACCGCCAGGCAUGGUCAGGCGCCACACAUUUCGAGACGGUGCCCACGAUUUUGCUGCCACAGCCCAUGGAGGACUACGCGGAGUGGUUGGCCAACGCU